UUUCAGUCCAUCAGAUAUCCAACCCGAUUUUAUAUUAGCGCUAUAUAUAAUUUGUUCAAGUUAUUAUCCACUGUUUCCGCCACCGCCACCAACCACAGCUUCCUCCGCCUGCAGAAUGGCUUUAAACCUCCUAUCAUUCUCUGCUCGACUAUCGCCAACCACCUCCAUCGCCACCGCCACGUGUCAAGCCUCGGCCACCACUUUCUCAGUGCACAGCCUUACUCCUCCGCCUCCGCCACCGCUACAGCCACCUCUACUGUCUCUCCCUCAAAAAUCUACCCCAACGCCUCUCCCUUCAUCUUCCUGUUCUCUUCACUGCCCCCAUUUUCAAUCCUGUUCGGGUUGUACUCACGAGUACAACCUCCAUCGUCCGGUGAUUUUGGACGAGGCAAUUGACUUCUUCGAGAAACUCGCUGUGUCAGGCUUCGAUUUUGAUACUUGCAGACUGUGGGGAUGGAGAUGUCGUGCAAAGCUAGCAGUUCGGGGUUCAUCGACCAAGCCUUUGAUUGGUCUUUAUCAAGAACACACUCACGAUGUAGUUGAUAUUCCUGAAUGCAAGGCUCAUCAUCCAAGUAUUAAUGCAGCUGUGGAGCUACUGAAACAAGGAAUGUCUAAAUUAAAUAUUGAGCCAUAUGAUGAAGAUCAAGGAACUGGAGAACUGAGAUAUGUGCAGAUGGCUGUGACUACAUACAACACGUCUCUACCUGCCUCUCAAAGAUACAAAAAUGGCAAAGUGCAGGUUGCUUUGGUUUGGAACUCCAGAAAUGAAAACUCACCUAGUUCAGAAAAGUUAAAUGAUCUGGCCAGUUUCCUAUGGAGAAAUGGUGGGACAAAAGGGAAAGUCCAUUUAAUUCAUUCUGUCUGGGCUAACUUUCAGACAUCAACAAAUAAUAUUAUUUUUGGGAAUAGAUGGAGACAUCUUUUAGGUGAAAGAGACUUCUGGGAGCAUGUUGGAGGAAUUGAUGUUUCUCUGGCACCUUCAAGCUUUGGGCAAGCAAAUACACGGGCAUUUGAUUUUUUACUCCAUAAGUUACACAAGUGUGUUCCUUAUGGUGCAUCAGUUGUUGAUCUCUAUGCUGGAGCUGGUGUCAUUGGAUUAUCUUUGGCUGCCAUGAGGAAAUGCCGGUCAGUAAAAUGUGUUGAGGUUAAUAAAGAGUCAAAGGUUUCUUUUGAGAAGACAGUUGCUCGUUUAUCAGAAACCCUAGAUAGCAGCAUCAGCUGGCAUCAUGCAGACGCAUCAAAAGUUAGUGCUUCAUUUUUAUUCAUGCUUAUGUUGAUAUUUUACAUGUACAUAUCAUGUUAUUCCAGUACCGGUGGGAAGGUAAAAAAUGAAAAAAGACCAUGGAUUCUGAGAGAGAGAGAAACUUCAGUGCAGGUUAAGAGCAGCACAGUACAAGAAGAAAGUCGGUCCUUGCCUGAAACUCUAAUUUAUAUAAGUUGUGGAUGGGAUAGUUUUAAAGAGGAUUGCAUGUCACUGCUCUCUUGUAAGGCCUGGUAUUUGGACAAAGCACAUGGCUUCAAUUUUUUCCCUGGAACACAAAGCAUUGAGGUCCUGGCCGUGUUUAAAAGAGGCACUAAACCAAACAUCAAGAGAAGAAAAUCUGGAAAAAAGAAAAGGCCCUCUUGAGGUGCACUAUUUCAUCCUGUCGAGUAUUACGAGGGAU